AUGAAUAUCUACCCAAGGGAGUGUGAGCCUCAAGACUGGCGACAAGUUCCUGGGCCCUGCUCAAGAAAAGGUGGUUCGCCCGUUGACUCACCGAAAUUCAGAAUAAUGCAGAUGCCACGGUUGGCCAGCCCUAGGCAACUAACUUUGGCGGGCCGGGCCAUAAUAGCUUUGGAGCCACCUCGAACAAGGCGCAGGGGUGGAAGUGUUCUGAAUUAUCCGAGUCUAUUCUGGAGCUCCUGUCAACGAAACUCCUCUUUUGGUCCCAGGAUGCUGAAGCCCACGGAGCUGAGGCUAGGCUUUCUUCCGUGUGGUCACUCAACGGCACAGCACCACAACAUCGCCGACACGUCAGAGCAGAGGACUGACGUGUACGCAAUGGGCCAUGGGGGUGUCAAAAACCCUUGGGAUAGAGACGCGCGGUAUGAUAUCAUCGAGAAAAGACAUUCUGAUUUGGGCUUGUAA